CUUACCAGCUUGCCUCGCGGCCGGGGAGGGGGGGGUUCAUCUCCGCGACCAGGAAACGGGAAAGAUGGCGACCGCUCCGCGACGUUGAGGCCUCGCUGGGCGUUCAGACUCAGGGUGAGGGUGUCUUGUUCUGUCACCCAGGCUGGAGUGCAGCGGCGCUAUCUCGGCUCACAACAACCCGCACCUCCUGGGUUCAAGCAGUUCUGCCUCAGCCUUCCGAGUAUCUGGGAUUACAGACGCCCGACACCAUGCCUGGCUAAUUUUUGUAUUUUUAGUAGAGAUGGGGUUUCCACCCUGUUGGCCAGGCUGGUCUCGAACUCCUGACCUCAUGAUCUGCCUACCUCAGCCUCCCAAAGUGCUGGGAUUACAGAUGGCAGGAGAGCUGGCUGACAAAAAGGACCGUGAUGCAUCACCUUCCAAGGAGGAAAGGAAGCGAUCACGGACUCCUGACAGAGAGCGGGAUAGAGACCGGGACCGGAAGUCUUCCCCAUCUAAAGAUAGAAAGCGGCAUCGUUCAAGGGAUAGACGUCGAGGAGGCAGCCGUUCUCGCUCUCGUUCCCGUUCCAAAUCUGCAGAAAGAGAACGACGGCACAAAGAACGAGAACGAGAUAAGGAGCGGGAUCGGAAUAAGAAGGACCGAGAUCGAGACAAGGAUGGGCACAGACGGGACAAGGACCGUAAACGAUCCAGCUUAUCUCCUGGUCGAGGAAAAGACUUUAAAUCUCGGAAGGACAGAGACUCUAAGAAGGAUGAAGAGGAUGAACAUGGUGAUAAGAAGCCUAAGGCCCAGCCAUUAUCCCUGGAGGAGCUUCUGGCCAAGAAAAAGGCUGAAGAAGAAGCUGAGGCUAAGCCCAAGUUCCUCUCCAAAGCAGAACGAGAGGCUGAAGCUCUAAAGCGACGGCAGCAGGAGGUGGAAGAGCGGCAGAGGAUGCUUGAAGAAGAGAGGAAGAAAAGGAAACAGUUCCAAGACUUGGGCAGGAAGAUGUUGGAAGAUCCUCAGGAACGGGAACGUCGGGAACGCAGGGAGAGGAUGGAACGGGAGACCAAUGGAAAUGAGGAUGAGGAAGGGCGGCAGAAGAUCCGGGAAGAGAAGGAUAAGAGCAAGGAACUGCAUGCCAUUAAGGAGCGUUAUCUGGGUGGCAUCAAAAAGCGGCGCCGAACGAGACAUCUUAAUGACCGAAAAUUUGUUUUUGAGUGGGAUGCAUCUGAGGACACAUCCAUUGACUACAACCCCCUGUACAAAGAACGGCACCAGGUGCAGUUAUUAGGGCGAGGCUUCAUUGCAGGCAUUGACCUCAAGCAGCAGAAACGAGAGCAGUCACGUUUCUAUGGAGACCUAAUGGAGAAGAGGCGAACCCUGGAAGAAAAGGAGCAGGAGGAGGCAAGACUCCGCAAACUUCGUAAGAAGGAAGCCAAGCAGCGCUGGGAUGAUCGUCAUUGGUCUCAGAAAAAGUUAGAUGAGAUGACGGACAGGGACUGGCGGAUCUUCCGUGAGGACUACAGCAUCACCACCAAAGGUGGCAAGAUCCCCAAUCCCAUCCGAUCCUGGAAAGACUCUUCUCUGCCCCCACACAUCUUGGAGGUCAUUGAUAAGUGUGGCUACAAGGAACCAACACCUAUCCAGCGUCAGGCAAUUCCCAUUGGGCUACAGAAUCGUGAUAUCAUUGGUGUGGCUGAGACUGGCAGUGGCAAGACAGCAGCCUUCCUCAUCCCACUGCUGGUCUGGAUCACCACACUUCCCAAAAUUGACAGGAUCGAAGAGUCAGACCAAGGCCCUUAUGCCAUCAUCCUGGCUCCCACCCGUGAGUUGGCUCAACAGAUUGAGGAAGAGACCAUCAAAUUUGGGAAGCCGCUAGGUAUCCGCACUGUGGCUGUCAUUGGUGGCAUCUCCAGAGAAGACCAGGGCUUCAGGCUGCGCAUGGGUUGUGAGAUUGUGAUUGCUACCCCUGGGCGUUUGAUUGAUGUGCUGGAGAACCGCUACCUGGUGCUGAGCCGCUGUACCUAUGUGGUUCUGGAUGAGGCAGAUAGGAUGAUUGACAUGGGCUUUGAGCCAGAUGUCCAGAAGAUUCUGGAGCACAUGCCUGUCAGCAACCAGAAGCCAGACACGGAUGAGGCUGAGGACCCUGAGAAGAUGCUGGCCAACUUUGAGUCGGGAAAACAUAAGUACCGCCAAACAGUCAUGUUCACGGCCACCAUGCCCCCAGCGGUGGAGCGUCUGGCCAGGAGUUAUCUUCGGCGACCUGCUGUGGUGUACAUUGGCUCUGCAGGCAAGCCCCAUGAGCGUGUGGAACAGAAGGUCUUUCUCAUGUCAGAGUCAGAAAAGAGGAAGAAGCUGCUGGCAAUCUUGGAGCAAGGCUUUGACCCACCCAUCAUUAUUUUUGUCAACCAGAAGAAGGGCUGCGACGUGUUGGCCAAAUCCCUGGAGAAGAUGGGGUACAAUGCUUGCACACUGCACGGUGGAAAAGGCCAGGAGCAGCGAGAGUUUGCAUUGUCCAACCUCAAGGCUGGGGCCAAGGAUAUUUUGGUGGCUACAGAUGUGGCUGGUCGUGGUAUUGACAUCCAAGAUGUGUCUAUGGUUGUCAACUAUGAUAUGGCCAAAAAUAUUGAAGAUUACAUCCACCGCAUUGGCCGCACGGGACGAGCAGGCAAGAGUGGGGUGGCCAUCACCUUCCUCACAAAAGAGGACUCUGCUGUGUUCUACGAGCUGAAGCAAGCCAUCCUGGAAAGCCCAGUGUCUUCCUGUCCCCCUGAACUAGCCAACCACCCAGAUGCCCAGCAUAAGCCAGGCACCAUCCUCACCAAGAAGCGCCGGGAAGAGACCAUCUUUGCCUGACACAGCACUCUUCCUGUGGGCUGAGGGCAUCUCCGAAGCUGCCUGAUGCCUGUUCUUCAGAACCCUCACAUCCCUCUUUCCAGGUCCUCACUCUUGGGAUAUGGGGGCUUAGGAAAACAAUCCAACUCCCUAGCCCAGACUCUCAGGUCAGGAGGCCUGCGUGUGGGGCUGCAAAAGGAGAGGACGACGCUGUUGGAAGCAGGGAGAGCAAAUUACCACAGCUUUUUGGCCCAGUUCUGCCCUUCUUUGCUUUGGGAUUGCACUGGGCCAUCAGCUCAUGCCAGGCUAUGGGGGCAGCCAGUUGGCAUUGCUCCCCAGACUGAACAGAAACCUGGCUGCCUGAUGGGACCUCCUGUGGCACAGACUUGACUGUGUAACUGUAUAAACUGCAGCAGCAUCAUUGCCCUAGAUGCCCCAGGAGACCUGGCACCAUGAGGAUUACGGACAGUGGAAUCUUACUGUCAUCUGGACAGCUGUUUUCCUGUUUGGAUGGUAAAGAAAGUCGAGAGUCUUUAGAUCUGUGCACAGCCCUGCACCAAGGGGUGCUGUAUGUUCUAGGCAUCCCCUCCCCCAGGGGAUUUUCUAAGUAGAUGGGGGGACAGGGUGAACUGGCUGUGUCCAUCUUUGUCACUGAGUGAAAUCUCUGUUUUCUAUUCUCUGAGAAGAUAAGUUUGUAUGUUCUGAGAAUAAAUACAUGAAUAUUAAGGCUGUUA